AUGGUGCCGCAGGGCACAAUCGAUUGGAGUGCUGACCAUUCAGUCCAGCGGAGCGGUUGGCAAAUCUGCCUGCGACAGCCGCAGGAGCCGCAGGAGGUGCAGUUUGUGCUCGAUGGCCACUGCGAUUCCAGAGUCAAUGGCCGUUAUGACCUGCAGGGCUACGAUGUCAAUGGACGGUGGAUGUAUGCACUUGAGGAGACGUACUUUUUGUACUACAGUACAGAUUGCGAUGGCGAGCCUCACGCGUGGACAAUCUCCUCCUCGAGCUAUAGCUGUGCGGCAAGGAGGGCGUACGUAGAGAGCAACACGGAGCUGCCCCCACAGAGCGCAACAUGGAAAAUAUUAUGCUACGAGCCGACGAAGUGGACUGAAACCACACUCACACUUUCGGAAGAGACGACUCUAACAACGACGAUGACCGCUACAAUGACAACCACGACGAGAGCUGGCCCGGCGAAUAUGUCCGAGUACCUGGUCGUCCAAAACAGCUGCCGCCCUUGGUUGAGCGGCGUUUAUGAGCUCCAAGGUUGGAGCUCGAGCGGCCUCGCAAGACCCUGGUACAAGUACGAGAACAGCAUCACACCCGCUGCGGUGUACCUUUGGUACGACGAGCAGUGUGGUGCAGCCUGGUACUUCAAAAGCAGUUCCCCCAACGACAACAGCUCGAACGACCCUGGCGGUGCCGACUCGUGCAAUUUCUAUUCGAGGGCCGACAGCGAGGCGAUCUUGCCGCCAGAUUCUGGUUGGCAAACGUGGUGCACAGAUUCUCAGAUUGACCUCUAUCCUGACCAGGUAAGUAUUGCGGCGACUGCGUGGUUUGUGUCAUCCGGGUCGUGCGAAUUCUUGCCAGACAGCCAGUGCAUCGCUACUACCGGCUUUCCGCUGGUCUUCUAUGGGAGCUACGAUCAUUGCGACAUUGAGGUGGCUGAAAAUAACAUAUUGCCGAUCCAAGUCCUUGCCUUCGAGAUUGGCUCCAAAGACAAAUUGAUGGUGAACGGUCAAAGCUACUCUGGCACCCACGGCCCUGACGACGUGGUCCCUCAGGGAAUCGUUGAGUGGAGGGCUGACCGUGUUGAAGCUGCCAGCGGCCAUGCCUGGGCAAUUUGCCUCGGUACCAGCGAACAUGGCCAAAGCCAGGAGCCCAGCGACUGUUGCUCAGAGCCUGCCAACCGGAUAGCGCCCACGAUCGCGUCUAGCUGCGACAGGCUGGUGAAGUCCCCGGCCCCGGUCCCCUUUUUUCUGCUCCCGGAAAGAGACACUAUACUUAGCUUUGGUUAG